ACACUGUACCAUUUGUUAAGAAUUUGCAAUGGCAUAUAAAUAUAUGUGUUAGAUAAGGAAAAAGCCAGUGUUACGUUAGGACUACAUUUACAAAGAAAUGGAUUUGAAUUAUUGUAUCAUUCUUGUUUUCGGAUUUUUUGCUGGCGUUCUCUCUGUUUCAGUAAAACAUGAUGGUUGGCGGCCAGAACACAGAGGAUGGUCAACCUGGCAUGAUCAUUCCAGAUGUAGUGCCUCUUGUGGGGGAGGAGUGAGAACACGUGCUCGGAAGUGCCAUGGUGGGCGUGAUUCAGAUGACUAUCGUCAUUGCGGGGGCGCUGCAUACAGGACGGAAUCUUGUAACACACAUCCAUGCCCUGACUCUAAAGAACAUGUGCAUUUGUCGAGCUGGACGACAUGGUUUCGUCAUUCUAAAUGCAGUGUUUCGUGUGGGGGAGGGGUUCAAAUACGUACUCGAUCUUGCCAUGGCGACAGGGAUUCAGACCACCACCAUCGGUGCUCGGGAUCGACAGUGAGCACGCAACCAUGCAACACACAUCCGUGUCCAGAUACAUUAAGCGGUAGAUGGUCAACAUGGCAUGAUUCAUCUCACUGCAGUGUCUCAUGUGGAGGAGGGCUUCGAACACGUACCCGGUCUUGUCAUCACCAUCAUAGAGACCACAAACCCAAGGGUGGCCACCAUGAUCAUUACGACUAUCCCUGCCAGGGACCGACAACAAGGACCGAGGCCUGCAACACACAGCCAUGUCCAGUAAACGGUGGUUGGUCAAGAUGGCAGACUCAAUCGAUGUGUAGCGUUACAUGCGGUGGAGGUAUAAAAAGUAGCACACGAACCUGUAACAACCCAUCACCGGCUAAUGGCGGCCUCUUUUGUUCAGGGUUAUCGACAAAAAUUGAACCCUGUAAUACGAAUUCAUGUCCAGUCAACGGUGGUUGGUCAAGAUGGCACACCCAGUCUAAAUGCAGUGUUUCGUGCGGUGGGGGAGUAAAAGUACAGGUUAGAUAUUGUGACAAUCCGCCUCCACGUUCCGGCGGCCAACAGUGUUCAGGGGUAUCAACCCAGAGUGUACCUUGUAAAACCAGACUUUGUCCAGUAAAUGGUGGGUGGUCACGAUGGAAAGUACAGUCAAAAUGCAGUGUUUCAUGUGGCGGGGGAGUCAGAGUACGAGCUAGGACGUGUACAAACCCACCCCCUGGUCGUGGCGGCCAACAGUGUAUAGGAAUAUCGACCCGGAGUGAAACUUGCAACACAAAACCAUGCCCGGUUGAUGGUGGUUGGUCGAGAUGGCAACACACCAGUUGCAGUGUGACAUGUGGCGGGGGAGUAAAAUCAUACACUCGGACUUGUACCCACCCAUCUCCAAGUCCUGGAGGACACAAAUGUCCAGGGCCGUCAACCAGGAGUGAAGUUUGCAAUACACAGCCCUGUCCUGUUGACGGGGGAUGGUCAAGUUGGCAAAAUCCAUCCCAGUGUAGUGUCACGUGUGAUGGAGGAUUGAGAACACGGACUCGAACGUGUAACCACCCAACUCCAGCCAAUGGCGGUAAUCAGUGUCAGGGGGGAUCACUCCUGAGAGAACAUUGCAAUACAAGUCCAUGUCCAGUUCCAACGACAACCACUACGACAACGACUACCACUAUGACACCACCAACUACCACUACCACACCACCAACUACCACUACGACACCACCAACUACCACUACGACACCACCAACUACCACUACGACACCACCAACUACCACUACGACACCGCCAACUACAACUACGACACCAACUAAACCUCCAACUACAACUACAAUGUCGACACCGUCAACAACGAAAAAAAAGUUUUUUACAAUCCGUGCUGUGUUGAAUUAAUUGAAUUUACUUAGUCUUUUUUCAAAAUAGAAAAGCCUUAAUUUCCUACAUUAAAAGUUUUAUAAGACUUACAAACUUCUUGAAUAUCAAUAUAAGAUUGACUUAACUAAAAUUGUCAGGGUAUAAAUUCAAAAUAAGAUUUUGAUUUGAUACAAAGGGACUAAGAUAGUAGAUAUAAUUUCAAAUGCUAUUGUAAAUGUAUUGCAUUUGGCUGAGUCAAAGUGUGUUUAAAGAGUUGCAUGAAGUCUUGGUAAUAUUUAUCCAUUCGUAUUUUGGUUUUUCUUGUUUGGAAAAAGACCUUACAGAAACGAGCCAGUGUAGAGGGUAGUGUAUUUUGAUUAAAAAAAACCCCACAAAA